AUGAAACACGGGUCGAUAAUCUGUCAAUUAGAUAACACCGAGACACUGGAACACUUAGCUGAUGCGAUCAGAGCCGAUGCACAGCAAGAUGUUGACGUCGAGCAUAUUACAGAUGGAAACACCCGCUCUUCUGGGGUGGAUGAAAGCGAGUUCGCCAAAAACGUCAGCGCCGCUGCUCAAUCCUUUAUUUCCGCCAGCCCCAACAGUCUCGGUCCUCCUAUCAAUCCCUGUGCUCGAUAUCUAUUGGCAAAACAAUGCGGCAAAUAUGGUCGUAGAAACUCAACAGUGUGGAUCUCGCCAUUCAUCCCAAAGUUGGACAAUGAGGGCGGGCGUCGUGGUCUGCUGGAUCAUCAAGUUACUGGAAUCGUGUGGUUGCUCUCCAGGUUGUUUGGGGAUCUCCCAACGUUAAAGUGCAAGGACCCCCUGGAGGGAACACUCUGCUCGAAUAUCCAAUCUUUGGCCGAUGCAGAUAAUCGCGACCGUCUUAAGGGUCCUAAGUACUUCGGUGGAAUUCUAGCCGACUCGAUGGGUCUUGGGAAGACACUCAUCGUAGUUGCCUUAGUGAAUAUUUUGAUCAGUCAAGGGCUGAAUACCAUGCGUAGGAAGAAUGGCAAGAUCGAGCAUCUUCCUAUUCUACUUAUAGCUCCAAAUGCUACAGUGGCAUGCCAAUGGGUACAGGAGUUUAAGAAUGUCCUUGACGAGUCCACUCUUCACCAGAUUAUACUUUCCGGUCCCGGUCUCGAAGAGAUAACAAACACUGUGCAUCUAGACCGCGAAAGUUUUAAUCAGUGGCCGGCUCCACUGUGUUAUGUCUGGGAUAAGAACGACAGUCGUGCGUCAAAAGUCAUCAUCAUCACGACCAUGGAAAGCUGGGCAGGGAGAACUUGUUCCUUUAAAGCCGACCAAGACCAAGGGGGGUGGAGCUCAACCUUCACACGGAAGAAACGAUCAUUCUCACUUGUCAUCGUUGAUGAAGCAUAUAAAGUGAAGAAUCACAGGACUAAAAACUGGCGGUCCGUUUAUCUUCUUAAGCGUCAAUUCACUCUUCUUAUUACCGCCACGCCUUGCAUGAAUUCACUUACUGACAUGUUUGGGCUUGCCACACUGCUAUGGACCGGAGUUGAAAAAUACUUGGAUCAAAACCCUACAACGCGGGAUGAAAUGAGGAAAGAGUUCCAAGAUCUGGAGCACCUUGACGAACUCGACAGCUAUCCUGCAUCGCAUGACUUUCAGCUAGUGGCAGGACGGCCAGGCUUACUUACUAAGCUUCUCUUCAAGAAAGGCAAUGCGAGAACCCAUGACAUCGAACUAACGCGCCAGUACCUUAGACACUUUGAAACACUCGCCAUGUUAAAGAGGUCCCCGAGCUCAUAUAUAUACGCCGAUUGGGAGCAGUCUAGCCUGGUAUCUCUAGAGGGGUUAUUCCCCAAGGUCGAAAAUUAUACUGUCGACAUUAGUGCUGGACAAGCGUAUGAUGGAGAGUACCAGACGGUACACACUGAUCUUCUCAUUGAAUAUCUCGAAUGCUUAACGGCUUGGGGAGGGAUCUCAGACGAUGGGGGUAAAAAGCCGAAGAAAGAAGAAGAGGAAGCGAAGACAUCUAUCAUGAACGCUAACCGACUUCUUCAGAUCGCCUCUUCUUCUCUAGAUGUGCAUGAUCUCAACACAAUAUUAUUGGCAAAUGGCCAUUCGACGCUUGCGCCUGAAAUCGCCAAAAUGCGCGAGAACGAGGUGGAUCUUCGUCGCCUAGUUCAGUUUUUGCUUUUGCCGACGGAUGUGAAACCAGACACCCACGUUGGCUGGAUGAAGAUUGCCACGCGGAACUCCCCUAUCCUCCGCUACAUCCUUCACUAUAUUCAUAAAAACAUACUUACUAGGGAAGAUUCAGGCAAGAUCAAGAAACUGCUAAUCAUUGAGCAUAGUUUAGUGCUUGCUUUCUACUACGAGCUUGUCCUGCAAUUCUUAGGUUUUGAGUGCCGUUGCAUGCAUGCUCAAUUGACUUUGGGUGAACGUCAGCAACUGGUUGACAGUUUCAAUAGCAGCGAUAACGAUUCAUGCCAGAUAUUGAUCCAACUAUAUACUGUUGGAUUUGCUGGAACCAACUUGCACAAGAGCUGCUCGCGUGUCCUGGUGGCUUCUCAGGCACACAGCAUACAGGUCCAGUGGCAGGCCAUGCACCGAGUGAUUCGAGUUGGCCAGACUUCUGAUGUUACCGUCCACAGAGUGAAACUCAAGAACUCAUACCAUGCAUUCCGAGAGAGCCGCCAAAUUGAGAAGUUACUUCCCGAGCUUGGCUCAAGAGCACAAGGAGACACGAAGAAAGUUCUGGUCUUACUUCUUAAUCUAUUUCAAUAUGAGGUUCGCGAUGCAUGGAAUUCUCCGGAGGGUCAAGAGCUCCGUCGUCAGAGAAAUCUACUUGAUGAAGAAGACUCAGACAAGGAAGCAGAGUCUCCAGCUUCCAAGAAAGUUAAGAGUACUACCAAGCUCGAGGUUAAUGCGGAAGGCAAGCAUAUCAAGAAAGAAGAAGCUAAGAGGAUCAAGAAAGAAGACGAAGAUGAAGCGUCCAACAAAUCCCGAACAAGCAAUUCCCACAGCUCUAUUUUCAAGAAGCGAAAGAGGCAGACGACAGACGAGCCGAGAAUCGGAGACGGCACAGGCGGUUGGUUUAAUCAGAGCUGCGGUUACACUAGGGACGAAGAGGCUGAGACUGAGGAUUUCCUAAAAUUACGCACCCGUGAUGAGUACUAUGGGGAAUUCAUCGAACUGCCAAGGGAUGUGAAGAGCGUCUUCAACCAUUCCAAGAACAGCCUGCGCCGCCUCCUGUCGUUCGGCAACAGCGGCGGGGAACUCUCCACGAAACCGUGGGACGAGGAUGAUCUCGAAUUCGCACCGACAUUAGAGCGCGCCCUCGAGCUCAUGCUGCGCGUACGUCUCGGCGCAAGGGACAUCGCCAUGCUACCAUUCCCCAUGAUCGACCUCUCACAGACCCCAACACAUCGUCGCGCAGAGCUGCAGCGGCUUAUCGCCGGUCUGAAGCAUACGGAUCAGGACUUCCAUGUUGCCCGUGCUGCGAGCACAGGUGACAGAGACAGCAAGGAUACGCUGCGAGAGACGGAUCUCAAUCAAUCCCCUGAGCAGAUUGAGGCAGAUCUCAAGGUACAUCAUCAGUACGGUGAUCCUGAGAGUACCAAGGGCGCCGCGAAAAAGGGGAAGUCGGUAGCGGUGGAGACGGCGAUCAAGAAUUUCGCUGAUGUUGCUGGUGAUUUGGGACAGGAAGACGAGAACGACGAGGGUGAGAAAAGGAGAGAAGAAGAGGAGGAGGAGGAGAACGAUGAGGAUGCUGACGAGGAAGAUAACGUCGUGUAA